GAGCUGUCAUGGUCUUUGAAAAGGGAGGGAGGGCAAUCCAAUUGAGGAGUUUGAAUGGUGGGAUGAUCAAUUCCCUGGGGCUCUAGAAGAGUGGACUUUCGCGUCGGCAGAGAUUUUUCAACUCUUUCCUUCCUGUCUGUUGACGGGGAUGGAGAAGUUUAAAUUGGAUGCCUAGGUCGUUUUUUGACGCGAGAGAUUCAGUAACACAGAGCACCCAUUGCAAGUUCAUGAAUACCCACAUCUUUUUUUCUUCGAAUCUGAUCGGUGUAGAGCCUUGCACAGGGCGUCAAAUAUUGCUGGAUUUGUGCUCUCUUUUGACGGUUUGAGUGCGCGCUUCAAUCCGUCGAAAGCAAAGUGCCGGACUGUGCUCUGCUUCAAGAUAUUAGGACCCAAAUUGUGGUUUCGUUGAUUUGUUUGGGUUUAUAGCGGUUAGUGAGGGUGCAAAGUUUAGUUCGUUUUCCUCGAAUCCUUUCCAGCGGGGCGUCUAAAGCUCUCUUUUCAAGGCGCUCUGCAUUGCAACGGUCAGGUACAGUUCCUUUUAUUUUUUCAAACAAUCCGUUAAGAUCCAGAUGGUAUUAAACAAGGUAUGGAGCUAAUCUAAGCAGAGCUGAGUCUCUUUUUGUUGCCCUGAUCUUGACGGUGCUUUUGUUCUUGUUUUCUGAAUUUGACGCUCUGUAAACCCUCCAAAAUGGGUCACACUGAACCCCAAGCUCCUGCCAAUGGAGUGUCUGUGCAAAUCAACGGUAAUCCGUCCCGCAGACUGCCUGAUUUCCUUCAGAGCGUCAACCUUAAGUAUGUUAAGUUGGGCUACCAUUAUCUCAUAACACAUCUCUUAACCCUUUUGCUGAUACCUCUGAUGGUAGGGAUCCUUGUUGAAGUAGGUAGGAUGAAUCCACAGGAUAUUUGGCAGCUCUGGAUCCAUUUACAGUUCAAUCUGGUGAGUGUCCUGGUGUGUUCUGCUGUUUUAGUAUUUGGAUGCACUGUGUAUGUGAUGUCAAGGCCUCGGCCAGUCUAUCUUGUUGACUAUUCAUGUUAUAAGCCCCCUGAAGCCCUUAAAGUGAAUUACACACGCUUCAUGGAACAUUCCCAGCUUUCAGGGAAUUUCUCUGAGCCUUCUCUUGAGUUCCAGAAAAAGAUAUUGGAGAGAUCUGGUUUGGGAGAGAGCACUUAUGUCCCUUCUGCAAUGCAUUACUUACCCCCCCGGCCAUCCAUGGCAGCGGCUAGGGAAGAGGCAGAGCAGGUCAUGUACGGUGCCCUGGAUAAUCUGUUUCAGAAAACUGGAUUGAAGCCUAAAGAUAUUGGAAUCCUUGUGGUGAAUUGCAGUCUUUUCAAUCCAACACCUUCUCUUUCGGCAAUGAUAGUGAAUAAGUAUAAGCUCAGGGGAAACAUUAGGACCUUUAAUUUGGGUGGGAUGGGUUGUAGCGCUGGGGUUAUUGCCAUUGAUCUUGCCAAGGAUAUGUUGCAAGUUCAUGGAGGCACCUAUGCAGUUGUUGUCAGCACAGAGAAUAUUACACAGAAUUGGUAUUUUGGUAACAAGAAGUCAAUGUUGAUACCGAAUUGCUUGUUUCGUGUUGGAGGAUCUGCAGUCCUGCUGUCAAAUAAGAACUCUGAUCGUCGACGUGCUAAAUACAAGCUUGUCCAUGUUGUGAGGACUCAUAAAGGAGCAGAUGAUAAGGCAUUCUAUUGUGUGUAUCAAGAGCAAGAUGAAGCUGGGAAGCUUGGUGUUUCAUUGUCUAAGGAUCUUAUGGCUAUAGCAGGAGGUGCUUUGAAGACUAAUAUCACAACUCUAGGACCUCUUGUUCUGCCUAUCAGUGAACAAUUACUCUUCUUUGCAACCCUGGUGGCGAGAAAGCUUUUCAAUAUGAAAAUCAAGCCAUACAUACCAGAUUUCAAGCUUGCAUUUGAGCAUUUUUGUAUUCAUGCCGGAGGAAGAGCUGUGAUUGAUGAGCUUGAAAAGAAUUUGCAACUCUUGCCGAUACAUGUAGAGGCUUCUAGGAUGACUUUGCAUCGGUUUGGUAACACUUCUUCAAGCUCAAUUUGGUACGAGCUCAGUUACAUUGAAGCAAAAGGGCGGAUGCGUAAGGGAAAUCGGGUCUGGCAGAUUGCUUUCGGAAGUGGGUUCAAGUGCAACAGUGCUGUUUGGCAAGCACUGCGUACCGUAAAAUUAUCAACUGAGAGCCCUUGGGCUGAUUGCAUUGAUCAGUAUCCAGUGGCAACUAUCUGAAUUUGAUUCUUUACUACAGCAACAUCAACAUCCUGUGUGCACGUAACUUCUCCACUCACAUGCAUUUUUUAGUGUUACCAUCUCUUACUCUUCUUUGGUCCCUGUGUCCAGGCUUCCUACAUGUUCAAGCUUUGCAUGCUCAUUUUUUUGCACAUUCAGAUGUUGCAUCUUUAAGCUGUGGAUCAGGAUUUGGAAUUACAAAUGGUGCCAUGUUCUGAGCUUUUGAGCACUUUUGCAUUUUUAAACAUUGCUCAUUCAGAAUUUGUAGGUUAGAGAGGCAGCAGCAGAAACCAAUUCUAAUAUUAUCUGUAUAAAUAUGCUUCUCAGAUGCUUCUUCAGACAAUUCUUCAGUCAUUGCUGCACAUUGUCUUUAGAACAUCAUUCUUGGCAGCUUUACUGAUAUCCAUAGCUGUAAAAUUGACAUCAUCAAGGAGUUCAUUAUGGACACAUUCUGUUUUGAACUGAGUUUAA